AUGUCCAUCAUAGAAGCUGUGACAUGUAUGCUGGAAACCUACCUUGAACAAACAGCUAUCAAUAACUCCCCCAAGACUUCCUCACUAUUUUUUUCAAAAAAAGUCCCUAACAUUUCAAUCAGCAGCUACCUCAGCCGACUCAAGCAAUAUAUGAAAUGUUCCGAAGAAUGCUAUAUUCUCGCCCUUAUUUAUAUAGAUCGAAUUACCUCCAAACACAGAAGCUUCACCAUUAACACCCUUUGCAUCCAUAGACUGAUACUAACAUCAGUCAUGGUCUCAGCCAAGUUUGCAGAGGACACAUUUUACAAAAACUCUUAUUACGCCAAGGUCGGAGGAAUUCCUUGUUCAGAAAUGAACAUGCUUGAACACCAAUUUUUGAUGAUGAUUGAGUUCGAGCUUUUUGUUUCUGAUGCAGAGUUUAAUAGCUACUCGACCACGCUCAUCAGUCAUUUCGGCCUAAGCCAGAAUGAACUGACGGCUGAUACCAUCAAAAAUGACCAGGGAAUGGUCAAAGAAGGGGUGGCAUCAAAUGUUUAG